UUUUGGCGCAGUGUUUUGGUGAGGCUCAGGCGGCGCUCCACAACACACGUGCACAGAGGGAAGGAGGCGAUCACCAUGAGUGCCAAGAGGAAACACGACAGCAUUGCCUCCGCCACCCAGCCUGUCUUUGGGGAGGAUGAGCCCAAGACAAACUUUCUGGAGAUGAAUGGAGAGGGAGAUGGAGACUCAUCUGACCCUGAAGCAAGUGAUAUAGAAGAUGACAGUGGUAGUGAAGAGGAGGAUGAAGGAAAUGACAGUGGUGAGGAAGACAGCCUUGAUGAAGAUGAAGUAGAAGCAAGUGAAGAUGAUGAUGAUGAAGAAGAAGAAGGUAGUGAUGCUGAAGAUGAAAGUGGUGAUGAUGAGGAAGAGGAGGAGACUAAUGACAAAAAUGAAAAAGGCAGUAAGAGGACAGUGUCGGAGGUGAAGGUGGACAGAGACAGUGGCAUAGAUGAUCCACCACAAGCAAAAGUGAGGCUCAAGAAAGUGAAAAGCAAAGUAAAUGAAAAACGUAAGCAAGUUGGUGUUAACGGAGGAAAAAGUGAUGCACCCACAUCCCUCAGCAGCUCAAGCACAGCCCACAGCAGCACAGCCAUGCCUUCAGGCAUCACCCCGGCCCCAGCCACCAGCGUGCGGGACGAGUAUGAAGAAGAUUCGUCAGAUGAAGAGGAUCUGCGCAAUACAAUGGGAAAUGUGCCCAUCAGGUGGUAUGAUGAAUAUCCUCACCUUGGCUAUGACCUUGACGGGAAGCAGAUCCUCAAACCCAAGCGAGGUGACACCCUGGACAACUUCCUCAACAGGAUGGAGAACCCAGACUUCAACCGGACAGUGUUUGACAAGCAGACAGGCCAAGACGUGAGGCUCAGCGAUGGCGAUCUAGACAUAGUGAAGCGCGUCAUGUCUCACCGAGUUCCCGAUGCAAGCUAUGACAUGUACGCUCCAUGGAUAGACCACUUCACCCACGAGGUCAUGGACAUGCCGCUGUCUGGCCAGCCCGAGAGCAAGCAGUCAUUCAUUCCCUCUAAGAGUGAGGCUGCUUGGGUGGCGAGGAGAGCAGAGCAGAUCCGGCGAGGCCUCAUCCAAUACACCCACAAGAAGGAAGAGAAACACAGCUUCUACGAUCUGUGGGCCAACACGGAGAGACUGAGAGGCAUACACAACCACAUGCCUGCGCCAAAGUUGAAGUUGCCGGGUCACGGACAGUCAUACAACCCUCCCACUGAGUACCUCCCCAAUGACAGGGAGCCCUACAGGAGUCUGCGGAAGGUGCCCGGCUAUCACUUCUACAUCAAGGAGAGGUUUGAGAGAUGCUUGGAUCUUUACAUCGCCCCGAGGAAGAGAGUGAUGCGGGUCAAGGCUGAGUCCAAGGACUUGAUCCCAGUGCUGCCAAAGCCCCAGGACCUGCGGCCGUUCCCCACCAUGCUGGGCCACAUCUUCAAGGGCCACCGCUCCAUCAUCAGGUCCAUCUCAGUGCACCCUCAGGGCAAAUACCUCGCCUCCGGCUCAGACGACCACACUGUCAAGAUCUGGGAGAUCAGCACUGGGCGUUGCCUGCGCAGCUUUGAUGUUGAGGCAGCUGUCAAGUGGGUGGCGUGGAACCCAUCCAGUAAGCUCUUCCUGCUGGCCAUCGUGAUUGAGAACAAGGUGAUCUUCCUGAAUCCCGAGACUUACCUCAUGGACAAGCUGGUGGUGCAGCAGACCAACGCUGUCUUCAGGGAGGAGCCAGACCAGGGAGACUACAUCCGGCCAGAACGUGUGAAGACUGCUGUGACGUGGAGGAAACCAACACCAGACGAGUGGGCCAAAGGCUACAGGAUUGUGUUGGAGCACUUCAGAAUGGUCAAACAGGUUGUCUGGCACAAGCAGGGUGACUACUUUGCUACCCUGAUUCCCGAGGGUGACCACCGUUCAGUCAUGAUGCACCAGCUGAGUCGCUGGCGGUCACAGGUUCCCUUCAACAAGUGCAAGGGGCGUGUCCAGGCCCUGAGCUUCCACCCCAAGUACCCCUUCCUCUACCUGGCAACCCAGACACACAUCCGAGUGUACAACCUGCAGAAGCAGCGGAUGCUCAAGAAGGUUCGGGCAAACAGCCGCUGGGUGUCCUCCAUUGCCAUCCAUCCUGGCGGGGAACACUUCCUUGUCGGCGGAUACGAUCGCAAGCUGAACUGGUUUGAGAUGGAGUGCACCAGGACACCUCAUGCGCUGAGGUUCCACAAGGGAGCAAUUCGUGGUGUGGCCUUCCACCGCAAGUACCCGCUGUUUGCCUCUGCGUCGGACGAGGGAAGGAUCAUCGUGUCUCAUGGGAUGGUGUAUGAUGACUGGCUGAAGGACCCGUUCCUGGUGCCUCUGAAGGAGCUGCGAGGACACUCCCGCUUUGAGGACCUGUGUGUGUUGGACGUCACCUGGCAUCCCUACGAGCCCUUCCUCUUCACCUCAGGGGCUGAUGCCACCAUCCGCCUGUGGCACUGAGGAGCCGUCUGUGGAGGGACAGCUCAGUGGUGGUGUGUCUGUGACACUGGAAAGGAGUUGGGUUCAUCAUCACACUUCACCACUCAUUUAGUACAUUGUUGCUCCAAUGACUUCAUCUUAGAACAUUUUCUGUAAAGAACAGUUAUAGCAGCAGUAACAGCAGCAAUGCUAUAAUUCCAUUACUUUCACUUAGUAAUAAUGCAAUGGUAUAUUGAAUUUGUUAAUAAAGUAUGAAAAGCUUUAA